AUGCCUGUGUUCUAUGGAUUUUGCGACUCUCUGAUGAGGGAAGCAGAAUUGCGAAGUUGUAUUACGCAGGUGGUGACUGCUGUGGAAGGUGCAGGGUCUGAUAUUUUGGCCUCAAUAUGCGAUCAAUCAUCCACAAACAGGGCAAUCAUUAAGAAAUUAGUUGACGAAUCCAAUGCUCAAUGCACGAAUCAGCGGAGUACAUUCUUGGUUGGUAUCAGUCAAAUUAUUCCUAUCAUGGAUCCAUCACACAUUAUCAAGGGUACUCGAAAUAAUCUAUUGACUAAAUACCUGGAGAAGGAUUACAAUGCAAACCGAAGAAGUUCCCAGCCGAAUUCAAAGAAGAGCAAGAUUGGCGAAGGGACUGAUAUGACAACCGUAGACAGAGAAAGGAAGCUAGUUCGUUGGUCAGUGAUUGAAGAGGCCUACAAAAUCGACCAAAUGACCAAUGGGUUUGAACCUCAAAUGAAGAAACUAACGUAUAAACACAUUUACGGCGAUAGUAAAAGGAAAAUGAGGGUGAAAUACGCUGUCCAGGUGUUGAGUAACACAGUUGCAAAAUGCAUCGAGUCAUUGGCUGGCAGAAGUCUACACGACUCACUCAGGAUCUCCAAUAACCACCAAAUCCAUCGCAUCGUCAUACAUAAUUAAACUAGCUUCAUCUAUAUUCAUUAUUUAUAAAUCUUCGCUCGAAUUCACUAAUUUAAUUCUUUAUGUCGUGUAUCAAUAUUUAUCUAGGAUAAAUUGUAUAUAUUCUAUAUAUAAACAGAAAGAGACAUUCAAAUUUUCUUGGAAUGAUGGACAAAAUAAAUUAGUAAAAAAUCCUAGUACAUCAAGGAUAUUUUACGAAAAUUAAACGGUUCAAUAAUAAGUUGA